CCCGGCCGCCUGGGCUUGUGUCGGAUGAAAGCAGCCCAUUCUUGGGAGGGGGGAGAAGAAAAAAUAACCCGCCUUUUUCAUUUUUAACAAGUAUUCCCUCUUUCAUUGUUACUCCCCCCCCCAGCCCGUGUAGAAAAGAUUUGCUCUGUCAGUCAAGUCCCUGACUGCUGUGGGAGGAGCUCCUGUAGAGGAGGCUGGGAUGCUGAGACUGAGGAUGGAGCUGCGAGGAGCCAGACAAGCAGAGGCGGCUCAGAACAACUCCAUCGCAACCGGCUGCUGAGACUGAAGAGAGGGAGAGAAAGGAUUGCAGGCGCCGGAGAAGCUGCAGCCCCCCGAUUCCUGCUCGCUCCCCGCUGGCGAAGUCUAAGGAAUGAAAGCUUUCCAGGCAGACCUGCUGCUCCUCUGCUUCUUGCUGCUCAGCCAAGCAUCCCCAACUCCCAGUGCAGCAUGUGAGAUUCAGUCCAUUGUGCUGUUUGAGAGAACUGGGUCUCCCGAGAAGAGGAUGCUGCCUCGUGCUGGGGUUCAUGUACAAGGAGAAGUAUCGGAGAAUGACUGAAGGCCAAGCAUCUUCCUUUACGCAGCAGCCUCAAGAUCAGGUGGUAAUAGCCGGACAGCCCGUGACUCUGCUGUGUGCAAUCCCUGAGUACAAUGGCAUUGUGCUGUGGAUUAAAGAUGGACUCGCCCUAGGAGUAGGCCGGGAUCUCUCAAGCUAUCCGCGCUAUUUGGUUGUGGGGGACCAUUUGUCGGGAGAACAUCACCUGAAAAUCCUGAGGGCAGAUCUCCAAGAUGAUGCCAUUUAUGAGUGCCAGGCCAUUCAGGCGGCCAUCCGAUCCAGACCAGCCCGGCUGACUGUUCUUGUUCCUCCAGAUGACCCAGUAAUUACUGGGGGCCCGGUCAUUAGCCUGAGAGCUGGGGAUCCCCUGAACCUGACCUGCCAUGCUGACAACGCCAAACCAGCAGCCUCCAUCGUCUGGAUGCGGAAUGGAGAAGUGAUCAAUGGAGCCACCUACUCCAAGACACUUCUCCGAGAUGGCAAGAGGGAGAGCAUCGUGAGCACCCUUUUUAUCGGCCCCUCCAACAUUGAGAACGGGCAGAACAUCGUCUGCCGGGCCACCAACAAAGCCGUUCCCAGCGGGAAGGAGACGUCCGUGACCAUCGACAUACAGCACCCGCCUCUCGUCAACUUGUCCGUAGAGCCCCAGCCAGUGCUUGAGGACAACACGGUGAAGUUUCACUGCUCUGCCAAGGCCAACCCAGCAGCAACCCAGUACAGAUGGGCAAAAAAAGGUCAAGUUAUAAAGGAAGCAUCGGGCGACUCCUAUGAGACCAUUGUGGACCACACCUUCUUCUUUGAGCCAGUAUCCUGUGAGGUGACCAAUGCUUUGGGAAGUACCAACAUCAGCAGGACGGUGGAUGUCUACUUUGGUCCCAGGAUGGCAACAGAACCGCAGUCCCUCCUUGUCGACCUGGGGUCAGAUGCAGUGUUCAGCUGUGCUUGGACUGGGAACCCAUCACUGACCAUCGUCUGGAUGAAGCGGGGCUCAGGCGUGGUCCUGAGCAACGAGAACACUUUAACAUUAAAAGGUGUCCGCCAGGAGGAUGCGGGGAAAUACGUCUGCCGAGCAGUGGUUCCGCGGGUGGGCGCCGGCGAACGGGAGGUGUCUCUGACUGUCAAUGGCCCUCCCAUAAUUUCGAGCACUCAGACGCAGCACGCCCUGCAUGGGGAAAAGGGACAGAUCAAGUGUUUCAUCCGCAGCACCCCUCCGCCAGACAGAAUCGCCUGGUCCUGGAAGGAGAACGUGCUGGAGUCUGGGACCUCAGGGCGCUAUACAGUGGAGACGGUCAGCACAGAGGAAGGCGUCAUCUCGACACUGACCAUCAGCAACAUCGUCCGAGCUGAUUUCCAGACCAUUUACAACUGUACUGCCUGGAACAGCUUCGGCUCAGACACUGAGAUCAUCCGGCUGAAAGAACAAGGUACGGAAAUGAAAUCAGGAGCUGGUAUGGAAGCAGAGUCAGUGCCGAUGGCGGUGAUCAUAGGCGUCGCUGUGGGAGCCGGCGUGGCAUUCCUGGUGCUGAUGGCCACCAUCGUAGCCUUCUGCUGUGCACGCUCGCAGAGAAAUCUGAAAGGCGUGGUUUCAGCCAAGAACGACAUCCGUGUAGAGAUUGUACAUAAGGAGCCUGCCUCAGGCAGGGAGACAGAGGAACACCCGACUAUCAAGCAGCUCAUGAUGGACAGAGGUGAGUUCCAGCAGGAUUCUGUCCUCAAGCAGCUGGAGGUGCUCAAGGAGGAGGAGAAGGAGUUCCAGAACCUGAAGGACCCCACCAAUGGCUACUACAGCGUGAACACCUUCAAGGACCACCACUCCACCCCCACCAUCUCUCUCUCGGGCUGCCAGCCCGACCUGAGGCCCGCCAACAAGCAGCGGGUGCCCACGGGCAUGUCCUUCACCAACAUCUACACCACCCUGAGCGGGCAGAACCGGCUCUACGACUACAGCCAGCGCUUCGUGCUGGGCAUGGGCAGCAGCUCCAUCGAGCUGUGCGAGCGGGAGUUCCAGCGGGGCUCCAUGAGCGACAGCAGCUCCUUCCUCGACACGCAGUGCGACAGCAGCGUCAGCAGCAGCGGCAAGCAGGACGGCUACGUCCAGUUCGACAAGGCCAGCAAGGCCUCGGCCUCCUCCUCCCACCACUCACAGUCCUCGUCCCAGAACUCAGACCCCAGCCGGCCCCUGCAGAGGAGAAUGCAGACGCACGUGUGAGCGGCUGGGACGUGGCCGACAGUGGGGGCUGGGCGGGGGCGGAUGGCCAGGAGCCGAGGCAUUGGAUGCUGGGGAGCCCCCAGCAGCUGGGAGCUGCAGAAAUGAUCUUGGCCCAGGCUUUAUUCUGGUUCUAGUGAGUUUAUUUUCCAAAGCACUUUUGUCCACAGUAAAAUGACACCCCAUGGCUCCUGUGGGGUGCCUGGGGCAGGGAGGGGUGUCUUGGGCAGCUCUGUUCCCCCCCCCCACCGAAGACUUGCAGUCUCCUUCCUAGCCCCGUGGGGCAAUGUCAAACGCGGGACCAUUGCGGGGUGGGAGACUACGGCAGCCGAGACCAAACCGAUUCAAGCACAAACCACAAGGAAGGUUGGACCUGGAGGCUGGGGCUGUGGGGAGGGGAAGGGGCGCGCCUUGCCACCCAGCAUCCCCACCCCCCCGGGACCGGAAGCCUCUUCCGGGGCAUUUUCCUCGGUGCCCCCUUUGGGGAGAGAGACGCCUGCCACGCGUGCCCCGAAGAGUGCCGGGAGCCCUGUGGCACUCAGUGCGCCCCUCUCGAGUUUUUCGUUUGGGCCGAGAACCACCCUGUGCCCAUGGCCCCUCCUCACGUGAGCCUUCCGGCCUUUCAGCACUUACUUCACUUAACAAGAACUCUCCUCACCUGUCAGGCCACAGGGGAAGCUUCCCACCGGCCCAGGGGCUAGCAGCACGGUGGCCUCCCCACACUCGAUGACAGGGCCACACCGGCUACACCCCAUUGGUUUCCCCUCCCCAACACCUCGCCUUUCCUCUCCUCUGCAAGCCCUCCCACGGGGGCUGCUUUCCCUCUGGAAGCCGAUGAGGGAGUCGGCUCAGAGACCUUCUCCCAGCGCCCUUCCUCCAACUUCCGCUGUAUUGCAGCAGUGGGACGCUCCAGGGAGCUUGCAUCUCAGACCCACCGACACGCCCGUCCCGCCACUCGCGAUCCCAUGACUCGGAGCCGUGUUUUCUGACCACGAGAGGGUGUGGCUUCAUUUAAGACAGCGCAUCAGAAGCGUAACGGGCGGUGGUGUAACAUAGGCGCACCGACGCUGUUAAAUCGGGUUUUCUUAUUUCGUUCGGUGUUCAGUGUCCAUCAUAUUACAGGGUGUCUUGGGACUGACCCAGUGCGCGGGGGCCCGCCCCGCUGCUCCACAGCGGAUCUCAUGCACCAGGGGACUCUGCCACGAGCCAGGAACUGUUGUUGGACACAGCACAACGGAGGACUGUCUGUAUCUGAGUUAGGUAUGACAGUCACAGAGCAGACCCUCCCAAAGCGGGGGGGCAUGCCAGCAGAGAGCAAUCUCUUACUGUCGCUUGUGUGUCACCCCAGUAGCACAACUGGAAGAUUAAUACAAGAGAUGUAACAAGCUCCUCUGCUUCUGGUCCCUUUCAGGUUAUUUGGAAGCUAUGAAAUAAACAUGUCCAUUCCGGGAGGGCACGUACCCCCAAUUUCA